AUGGAAAACAAGCAUGUUAGUCAACGAGAACAACGCUUCUCCGUUGACCAAGUGUCCUACAGAGGUGUUCGCCGGAGGAAAUGGGGCAAAUGGGUGUCGGAGAUCCGAGAGCCCGGUAAGAAAACCCGGAUUUGGCUCGGGAGCUACGAGACGGCCGAGAUGGCCGCAGCGGCUUAUGACGCUGCAGCUCUUUACCUCCGAGGACGUGAGACACAUCUCAACUUCCCGGAACUCGCUGACAGUUUUCCUCGGCCGGAAAGCUCUAGUUCCGAGCACGUUCAAGCGGCUGCUCAGGAGGCAGCACUGCUGUUUAAACCGGGUGGAUCUUCUGGACCAGAUAUCGGGUCGGGUCAGGGACUUUCUCGGGUCGGAUUGUCUCCGGAUCAGAUUCAGGCUAUCAAUGAGUAUCCAUUGGACUCGCCGAGGAUGGGGUGGAUGCAGGAAUUGGAUGUGAGCGAUUAUGAAGAGUUGUACGGGAGAUUUUUUGGUCAGUACGAUAAGGAUGAGUUUUUUGAAAUGCAGCAGCUUCAAUCCAUAUGGGAUUAG